CCCAAAUCGAGACACUUGAGUGGAAGGUGUAUUUUUUAUUCUUAAUAGUCCUUCAUGGGCAAAAAAUACCAAUCGGCAGGAUUUCUGGUCACGUCUUUGCAUGUCCCUGGUGGAAAAACCAUGGAAAUCUCUUUCAAUCUUUGAUAAACACCGUACCCAAUUUACCCAGUUCGUCUGAUCCCCCUAUAUUGAGUUGAGGUGAAGCGAACAAAACAAAAAAGAAAACCCAACUCCACUAUUAUUUCCCCAGCUUCUUUUGUCGCUUCGCCGAGGACGGACUGAACCAAAAGCACCACCCAGUUUAGCUCGCUGGGCAUUGAUCACGGGAUUCCGCGCCAAACUCGUGACACACAGCCUUGCAGAGUUACGCCCUCACGGACAUCAUCUCGGACAAGACAGUCUGUUUCUUUACGAUAUUGUCUUGUGGUGUGUUGGGGGUGUCGUGGGUUCGAACCGGAACCGAUAUUUGCCCUGCUGUAACGACAGCGCCAAGCAGUAAACAAACCAAAGCAUCGACAUCACCAGGGAGGCACAGACAAAAGGCUACGCCAUGAGGGAUCCGUUUCCUAUCGCCCCUAUCCCGGCCCUGAGCCGGGCGGUGCAGCCCAUCGCCGACAAGUUGCACCUCCCGACUUUGCCGUUGCACAUCCACGAGGUUCUCGGGGCCGCGUUGUUCUAUACGUUCGUCCACAUGGUUAUUUCUCCGUGGAUAUCGAUGAAGCUAUGGCCAGAUAGAUAUCCAAUCAACUCGAGGGGCAAAAGAAUGAGCUGGGAUUCGCACGUCGUUUCAAUGGUGCAGUCAUGCCUCAUUAACGUCCUCGCGCUUUACGUCCACUUUUACGAUGAGGAGCGUUGGGAAUUCAACUGGGAGCAACGCGUUUGGGGAUACACUGGUGCCUGUGCCAUGAUCCAGAGUAUGGCCGCUGGCUACUUUGUCUGGGAUUUGAUCAUUACCAUGCUGCACUUCGAAACUUUCGGGAUUGGUGUCUUGAUGCAUGCCAUCAGUGCGUUGACAGUUUACUCAUUUGGAUACAGACCUGUAUUCAACUACUACGCCACCAACUUCAUCCUCUAUGAGCUUUCCACUCCCUUCCUCAACAUCCACUGGUUCUUCGACAAGCUGGGAAUGACGGGAACCAAGGCACAGCUGAUCAACGGCAUCUGCCUGAUUUCUGUCUUUUUCUCUUGCCGUCUAAUCUGGGGUAACUGGCAAUCUGCCCUCGUCUACCGGGACAUGUGGCGCGCUAUGAGGACCAGCGAGAUCCCGGUCAACUCCACCAUCAUAUGCGGGGAUUUUGACGGCAUGAAGGUGGCUGUUAACCCCUCGCCGAUCCCCCUCUGGCUGGUUCUCGCCUACUUCGCAAGCAACCUGACCCUCAACAUGCUGAACGUUUUCUGGCUGUUCAAGAUGAUCAGUGCCGUCAAGAAGCGAUUCACGCCUGCCAAGGAGGACCCAGCAGCCAUCAAGGAAAAGCCAGUCUCUGCCUCGUCCAAGGCAGGAGUAACGAGUGGUCUUCAGCAGACUGCCGAAGCGCUCAGGAAGAGGAAUUUGCCCGAGGGGCUGCCUGUUAUCGAUGACGACCUCGGUGACAUGACCUAAAUUGACUGCACGUCUUUGACCUCUUAUUUAAUGUCACGGUCACGAUCAAAGCUCGAACAAUGCUCAUGUCAGGGCGAGAAAAGCCCGUUAGCUCUCUUUUGAAUGCGUGCGACGACCGUCAGAAGAUUUGGGGCUAGGCUGUAUUUUUUUUAACCCUCCCCUCUCAGUCAGGUCAUAACUGAGAUUCCGAGUACAGGCUUGUAAACAGCUUUCAAACUCAUGUUAUAGCUUGUCAUUUUGCCAUUUCCAUAGACUGUCGUUUUUUUUUCUUUUUUUUUAACAGCGUUUGUUUUGGUCGCAAUCUAUAGAAGCGAAAAAAAAAAAACCUCAGCAUUCAUCCCGUCCUUUUGAUUUUGCGAGGAAAUGUCGCAGAAAAGCCAAAAGUUUCCGAAUAUAUGGGUACCUGCCGUUGAGAUAUGCGAAUGUUGAGAGGCAAUGACUUUGUAACAAACAUUACCAUAAUCAAAUUUGACUUUGCCAACUUGAG